AUGUCUACGGGAGGCGACGUGGGCGUCUACCUCGUCGACACGUCCGGCGAGUCGCAGUACAAGUGCACGUGUGGCUUCAGCGCGGUGCGUAACCGCGCGUGCGCGUACAACUCCGGACUCUUCUACGAGGAUGAGCUGGACAUCACGGGAGCGCGCGAAGACCUGGACGGCAGCUACCGGCUCAAGCCCCCGCUCGUCAAGCUCCCGGAUGACGGCAAGGAGGAGAAGUGGCCGCAGGUUCUCAUCACCAUCAUGCAGGCUCAGUGCUCCACGCUGUUCUCCUCGCUCACUCUGCUGUUUAAAUUCACGAAGCCAUAUCUGCGCAGCAGUGCAGAACCCGCGCAUAAGGAGCUACGCGAACUGGAACUCAUGGAUGGUUGUGAGGCGUGCAUGAAUGCGUUGGAUCAGUCGAGACAGUACUGGGACGGCUGCAGCUCGGGCAAGCAGGACAAGGCACUGCUCAGGUCCUGCAUACACACCUGGGCGUAUUCACGUGCGGUGAGCACGGUGAAUUCUCAGGACGUCGUGCGGGUGAUGCGGUCGCUGCAGCCCUACCUGCAGGAAGCCAUCCAGAGGAAGAACAAGAAGCUGUGGGAGGCGACGUACAACGUUGCCGGGCCGCUUACGUGGAGGCAGUUCCACAAGCUGGCCGGCAGAGGUACGGAGGAGCAGUGUGAGCCGCAGCCUAUUCCGUCGUUACUCGUCGGCCACGAUAAGGACUGGAUGUCGCUGUCACCCUACGCCGUCUCCUACUGGGACAAGCUGCUGCUGGAGCCAUACUCGUCAAGCCGCGACGUCGCAUACGUCGUCGUUGCCCCCGACAACGAGCACGUGCUCAGCAGCGUUCGCGUCUUCUUCAAGGAGCUGAGCAGCACCUACGAUGUGUGUCGACUGGGCAAGCACACUCCCAUCACGAAGAUACUGCGUGACGGCAUCCUGCGGGUCGGCAAGACGGCUGCGAGGAAGCUGGCAGAUGAGAAGGUGGAUGUGUGGUUCUCACAGAUUGGUGACUCUCCGGCCGCCGCCCGGCUGAAGCUCUACGCACAAGUCUGCAAGGGUCACCUAGCUCUAACGAGCUCUCUGGCGGCUCUAACGACCUGCUUGUUACUACAGAAGCAGGUGAUGGCGAUGUUCCGGCCUCCCUACAUCCUCGCGCCGGCAAAGGACAAGCAGACUGAGCUCGGUGAGUCGUUCGGCGAGGCCGUCGAGAAAUGUACGGUGCUCUUCUGCGAGUACUGCCUCACGUACGACCAGCGCCACCUGCUGGCCGUCUGCACGGACGACCGCGGCGAGCUGCUCGAAACGACCGUCAUCAACAUCGAGAUUCCGAACAGAGGCAGGAGGAAAAAGGCGUCGGCAAGGCGCAUCGGACUUCGCAAGCUCUGGGACUUCCUGCUGGGCGUGAUGUCGAUGAGCUCGUCGCCAUGGCGACUCGUCAUUGGCAGGUUUGGCCGCAUCGGCCACGGAGAACUCAUGGGUUGA